AUGCCUGGAGUGCCAUCAGGUCGAGGUUGUGACGGCUGUCGUAAGCAGAAGAAGAAGUGCGACCAGGCCAAGCCAUCCUGCGCGAGAUGUACGCGCUUGAGCAUUCCCUGCGUAGGUGGUGGCAAGCAGCGAUACAAGUUCAAGGUCCAGGUCUUGGAGCAGCAGGGUUCCACGGCGCUUGUAGCCAAAGAGACCUGCGUCCAGGUGAACCCGCUCGCUCUGGUCCCGAGAAACCGGACCAGUACGAUAGCUGCCGUCUUUAUUUCCAAGCUGCAGGUCACCGACGUGCGCUAUGAUAUCAACUGCUACGGAACCUUCCUCCAACGCCUCCCAGAACGCCUCGGGAAGAACAAGGCCCUCGAUGCGUCGGUCGAUGCCUUCUCUACCGCCCUCACAACCCUCCACACGGAUGGGAAUGAGCUAUGGGCGCUGUCCAAAUACGGAAGUGCUUUGAAUGCCCUUCAAAACUCUCUCAACGACCCCGUGCAGUCGACGACGAUAGAUACCAUGUGCGCAAUCUACCUGAUCAUGGUUGUUCAAGGUUGGAUAGCCAAAACAGAUCCAAACACGAGCACCCACGCUGAAGGGCUGUCGCAUUUGCUCCAGGCGGCAUCCACUCGGAACUGGCGAGGCGCAUUCGAAACCGAGAUCAUCGUCACCAUGUGUGUCCCCGUAAUCAUCGAGGGUAUGGUGAACCCUAGAAUAAAGCUCCAACCCUGGCUUAGCCAUCUCAUGGACAAUUUCAGAAUCCCCGAACCUUUUGGCCCUGAGCCCCCGGACCAGGCGAAGAAGGAGCGGGAAAAUGCCAACGUGUUCCCCAGCCUCAGGCUGCGAAACCUCGCUAGAUUCCCAGACUUCUUGCGAGAGCCCGAGCUGCAUCACCUGGAUAUUCUAUCCACCUACCACAUGCUACGGUUUGACUGCCGGAAGCUGCAUCUGAGGUCGAAGGCUCCCGUCGGGGACAUGACACCCGAGGAAGCAAUUUCGGCAAUGCGACUGAAUCACGGCUACCGAGUAGCCUACGCAAUGGCAGCCUCUCUGGCACUGAUGCUCAACAUGAUUCUCCAAGGUUUUGACCCUCUCGACAGCACUCUGGUCAGGGAGUCUGUUUCAUGCAUCAACGAGCUGCUCCAUAUAGCGGAGGAAUCCGUUUGCCUUAGACCAUUAGGAUCCAGAUACAUCCCGAUUGGCCUCUCGAUUGCAUGGGCGGCAACCGACGUCGCCGAGCUGCGGACCUCGACAAUGACUAUGCUUCUGGAGUAUCAGCAGGACUUUGUAACAACGGACUGGGUCGAGACAGCGAAUUGGUGGAAGGCCAAGUUCAAGGAGGCUCACCUGCGGAUCUUAGAACAUGAAGCCAGCGUACCACCAGACUUUGACUGGGAUCGGAAGGUGGAGGACGUGGAUUUAUCCAGUAAUGAGUGCGCGAUUCAGUGA